AUGGCAGUGCCUCGAGUCUUCUCUGACGUCGUAAAUCAGUAUCCGAAUAAGAAGGAAUCGCUGACCGUUUUCGAAGAGAAGGUUUGCGGAUAUUGCCUUAUUGCCACACCUCAAGGGCUAGAGCACAAAACGCAGGACUUUUGUCUGAAUGUCAAUACCUCCGGUAACAAAAGGGCAGCGGGUCAUCCAAAACGUGUUGCAACAUCACCCACGUUAAUCGCCACCGUCUGCCUCGGUGCUACGUGCAUCCACCACAAUGAGCAGGCAGGACAGCCGGCACUACUCAGUCAGUCAGAAAAAUGA